AGCCACCAUGUCGGCGUUUCCGCUUAAACCGGAAGGGGAAGGUCUCCAGGGGCAACCGAACACGUUCGUGGAGUCAGGGGAAAAGUUGCUAAAUGUGACGGACAACCUAAAGAUCCGAUCCGUCAGCAAACAUCAGGAUCUGAAUCCUCUCCUCCGGCUCCUUCCUGCCUGCGUUCUCCUGAGCGGGUCGAGCUGACAGCGAUGGCCGGUCCGGAGCUCCUGCUGGACUCCAGCAUUCGCAUGUGGGUGGUCCUACCCAUCGUCUUCAUCACCUUCUUCGUCGGGGUCCUGCGGCACUACGUCAGCCAGCUGCUGCACAGCGACAAGAAGGUGGACCUGGAGCAGGUGUCUGACAGCCAGGUUCUGCUGCGCAGCCGCGUCCUCAGAGAGAACGGGAAGUACAUCCCCCGACAGUCGUUCGCCAUGAGGAAACAUUACUUCAACCACGCAGAGACCGGCUUCUUCAAGACCGUCAAGAGGAAGGUGGUCCCCAAGAACCCCAUGACAGACACCAGCAUGCUGAUGGACAUGAUGAAGGGGAACCUGACCAACGUUCUGCCCAUGAUUCUGAUUGGUGGAUGGAUCAACUGGGCCUUCUCUGGGUUUGUGAUAACCAAGGUGCCGUUCCCUCUCACCCUGAGGUUCAAGCCCAUGCUGCAGAGAGGCAUCGACCUGCUGUCCCUGGACGCUUCCUGGGUGAGCUCGGCCUCCUGGUACUUCCUGAACGUGUUCGGGCUGAGGAGCAUGUACGCCCUGAUCCUGGGUCAGGACAACGCGGCCGACCAAUCGCGGAUGAUGCAGGACCAGAUGACCGGCGCUGCCAUGGCGAUGCCCCCUGACCCCAACAAGGCUUUUAAGAGCGAGUGGGAGGCGCUGGAGGUGGUGAGCCACAGCUGGGCCCUGGAGAACGUGGAGGAGGAGCUCGUGUCUGGAGACCUGAACUUUGGAAACCUCUUCAGCGGCGCCGUCAGGUCCACCCGGUUCUGAACCGGACCUGAAGCUGUUCUCACACUCUAGGGUCGCUCGAGCUAGACCGGACCCGACGGUUCCAGCGUCUCGCGUUGUUCUGCCUCCCCCGACCCAAACUUCAGUGUAAAAUCAGAGGUUCUGAUGAGUGGUUCUCCGGGUUUUCUGAAGGUCUUCCCUUGUAGCUGAAAUCUUUCUGCCAGAACCAGAACAUCCGACAGCACAUAGCGUCGGGAACAAAUUGGGUCAGUGACUGGUACCAAAAGCCAGAACAGUAGGAAAGACCUUCAGGAAGCCCGUAGAACUGUUGAUCCAGAACACCUUCAUGGACCACAGAAGUUCUGGCUGCUUGGAAAGGAACCACAAAGGAACCAGGACUGGAUCAGAACUUUCUGGGACCGUUUUGUUUCAGAUUCUGCUGUUAACUUUCUGGAAUAAAGCUGAGGUCCGAUCCGCUGCGUAGACAAUC